AAUGUACUUCCGGUCAUCUACUUUCGGCGGGAAAGACUGACUAACGCUAAAUUAACGUUAAGCUACUUCCAUACAUCCUGGCUAUUAUUAUACCGUUUGAGAAACUAUAACCCAAACUUUAACUUACGUGUAAACUGUUAAUACUUAAGAGAUUCUUCAAGAGAGCAGAUAUUACUAUAGUUAUUUGAGGAAAGGUGCUGUUGCGAACGGUGUAGUUUUAGCAUUUUCCCCAUUAGCUUGUUGUCGGUGUAGCCUACAGUUAUAAAGUUGAUUAGCUAAUUAACGCUAAUCGUUAGCAUCGGAGAGCCCUCCGCCCCCGAAGAGGAGAACAUGGCGGCUGGGAAGAUGUGCCCCAAGAAGAGCAAGGAGGAAACUGCCGAGUGGGCCGGCUUGUUCCUCAAGGACUUGAAAACACAGCAAGAGUCGCUUGUCUUUGUUAAGAGGAUGAUGGCCGUGGCGGUCUCCUCCAUCACCUACCUCAGGGGGAUUUUCCCGGAGGACGCCUACAGAUCCAGAUAUCUGGAAGAUUUGUGCAUCAAAGUUUUGCGUGACGACUGUAACACUCCAGGAUCCAGCAAGGUUGUUAAAUGGAUGAUGGGCUGCUUUGAUGCGUUAGAGAAGCAAUAUCUCCAGAUUGUAUUCAUUGGGGUGUACACCAAUCCAGAUGAACCAAACUGCAUUAUUGAGUCAUACCAGUUCAAAUUCAAAUACACUGAGAAGGGACCAGAGAUGAACGUGCUGAGAAACAACGAUGUGGGGGUGCAGGUGACAUUGGAGGACACCAAGAGAGCCUCAGUGCUGCUCAUCAGGAAGCUCUUCCUGCUUAUGCAGAACCUGGAUGUCCUCCCAAACAACGUAUACCUCAGCAUGAAGCUCUACUAUUAUGACGACAUCACUCCAGAUGACUACCAACCUCCAGGCUUCAAGGAGGGUGAAUGUGAUAGCCUCUGGUUCGAAGGCAUGGCAGUGCACUUCAAGGUGGGCGAAGUGCAGACACCAUUUCACGCGUUGAGAGUGCGCGUGUCAGCAGAACAAGGCCGUCUGGAGAAGCUUCAAGGAGGGGACCACCUGAGGGAGAGCAAGCACGUUGCUCAGAGCAAUCCUCCAGAGACGGGAAUGAUGAUGGAUUCUUGUACGAAGACAUACAACGAAGACGAUCUACCUUCUGAAGAUGAGUCUGCACAGUUCAAGAAACCUAAAAGACCCAUGGCAAAGAGAAAUGGAGUUGCUAAAAAACUGUCAAGGAAGAGAAGAAGAAUUUAGCCACAACAAUACACAAAGCAAAAACGGACAGCAAUGUGAACACAAACUUUUUCUGUUGAAAUGUUAAACACAGCUUUGUUAUGUCACAAUUUAUUUGACAUGAAAAUGUGUCCAAACUGGUUUCUUACAUAAUUAUAUUUACCCACCAGGCAGAAUGUUACUGUCUAAUUCUAACGGUGUACAAAAAGCAUAAAUUAACUGUACAAUCUAGAUUAGGUCAAUCAAUCCAACAUUCAAGGUGCCUAUUUCUUUUGUAUGUGUAUAAAAUACAUUGAUGAAGAAAUAAAGCUUGACUUGUAAA